AUGUCAACAUCUUCAGCCACAGUCUACGUCGGCAACAUACCUGCACAGCUUGACGAGACCUCUCUAUCCAGCUACUUUGCCCCCUUUGGCGACAUUGUCUCGGUCUCUGUGCCUUUCACCUCGACGCCUACGGGGAGACGCAAUAAAGGAUUCGGCUUUGUCACAUUUUCCAGCACAGACGAUGCACUGGAUGCGAUUGAUAACAUGCAUCUGAAUGCGAUCCGGGGUAGGACGGUCGAGGUGAAUCUGGCGGACGCCGCCAAGGUCAAGCAAGGAGUGGCGGGCGGAGCAACGCAGGCGAGAGCCGUGUGGGACGAUGAGGAGUGGAUGAAGCGGCACGCUGCCAACGAGCAAGAUGAUGCAAAUGCGUCGAUUCAAAAUGAUGCACAGCACAGCCAACAUACACAAACGCCCUCUUAA